AAAUAUAUAGAGUGAAAAUACUUAUAUUUUGUACGGUAGAUUAUAAAGACCCCUCUGUACUAUGGGUUUAUACAAAGACCCCCUGUAUUUUGUUUUGCGAUAAAGAUUAGACUCCCUUUCGUUAACCUUCUGGUUACAAUAUUUUUUAAUCUCCAUAAUACCCUUAUAAUAUUUAUCCGGACAAUUGAAAAAAUACUGUUCAUCUUCCUCCAAUGAUACACGAAAUCACGAACUGCUGCGGCGAUAGCCGUUGCGGUGGUGGCUGUUGCAGUGGUAGCGGACUUCCGUUGAAAUCCUCUCUCUCUCUUCUUCUGCCACCUUCCCAGCCUUGCGAGGAUUGCAGCAAGACUGGCUCUUGAUGCCAACAAUGUCCGAUCAGCAAUCGGAGACAGGAUUUCAGUUAUCAUGCAAAAUUCAGCCCUCAUGCUCGUUGCUUGCACAGUUAGGUUCAUUCUGCAGUGGCGACUGUCCCUCGUCCUCAUUGCUGUUGUUGUUGCUGCCACCGUUUUGAAGGUAAUGAACAAUUCAAAUAAAUAAGAGCCAACACCAUAGAUUAAAAGCAAAUGAAAAACCAAGACCAAUUAAUCCCUCACUAAUCAAUCAAUCCAGACCAAGCAAUUGAAGUAGAUGAAGCGAACGCAGUAUAACAAUUUCAUUGCAAACCAAGUUGAGAAAGACGACAAGAAACCUACUCCACCUUACAAUGAAAACAACCAUAUUCUCUCAUAUCAGAAAUCCUAAUUCCUUCUUUCUCUUUUCAAGACGAAAAGAUUCCAAACUAAACGCAGGGAAUCCUGUAUAAGCAGGGAAAGGGAAAGGGUUUCGUUUCCUUCCUCUGGGGGAAGCUUUUCUGGGUUAACAAUUUAACAUUCACUUGGCGAGCAUGUGCUGUUGAGCCUGGUUCUCCUGCUGCUGUUGGUAGUUGAAUGACCUCCUAAGAGCAUGAUGCGUGGCUCGGGACGAUGGAUCGCGUAGUGAACCCAUCCUCGACUCUGCUGAACCCCGAACGCCCUCCAUUCAUUCUGAUAAGCAAAAUACAAAUCAACACUCAUUUUAUGCUUUUCAUGAAUUCUUUGAACCAUGUCUUCAGUUAGAUUUGAUUCUUCGUUUUUUCUCGUUCCUAUUUACUUCAGAGAGAAGACGAUUCUUCGGCAGCAGUUUGGCCACUUCAAGAGGAAGAACCACAUGCCUGACAAAAGAUACAAUCGGAGAAAUUUUUGAAAUCCUGGUGCGUAACUAACCAUAAUCAAAUCGCGAAAAACGUAUUGGAUUCGAUUUCUUCAUGAUCCCAGAGAGGAAUUUCGAUACCUGUAUUCGUAAGUGUCGUCGAAGUAUUUCUCGGAGUAUUGGGUCUGGCCCAUAUCUAUUUUCUUGGUUCAAUCCUAUUUUAGUCGCUAGUGGAGGAGAAGAGACCAGGAAACAGAGAAGAACUGACUAGAUCGGUUUAUUGAUUUUGGGAAUCAAAGAGGGAAGAAAGAAAACACGGUGAAGAAGGAAGAUGAAGCAGGUGAUGAUGAGAGCAAGGAAGAAGAAAAUUCAAAAUUUUCAUCUAAAGAAGCUCCGUCUCUGUCUCUCGAUUUGCUAGAAUUGAGGGAGUGUGGAUUCUAUCUAUAAGACUAUCAAUAACGGAUCAAAAAAGGGUUCUUCGAGAAGCUACUGAACCGUUUGGAACUAGAUACCAAGUCGGAAAAAUGCAUCUAGUAGGCCCCCGAACGUGCUUGUUCGGGGAGGACAACAAUCGUGGUUGCACAUCGGCUGUCAACGAUAAGGAAUGCCCAUGUCAUCGCUGUGAUCGAUGAUGGGAAGGUGGCGAAACAAGGGUCUCACUCGCAUUUCCAUCUGCAAGGAACGGAAAAUAGGGGAAAUCGGAAAAAAGGGGAGGAGAGAGAGAGGGAGGACUUCAACUGAAGCCCGCUGCCUUGUGAGAUGAGGAAGAUGAACAGUUUUUUUUUUUCCAAAUACAAGGAUAGUAUGAGAAUUAAAAAAUAUUGUAACGGUGGAUUUUAAUAAAAGGCUAACAAAAGGGGGGUUUUUGUCUCACGGUCAUAAUAUAAGGGAGUUUUUGUCGCAAAACAAAAUAUAGGGGUCAGUGACUUCAGUCCAAAUUCCAAAUAGCCACUUACGAAAAUCUGGACACAUGUUCGAACCUCGUGAGUUAGUUAACACGACCGAGUCGUAUCGAGUUCCGAGACACGCAAGUCCGGUGAAACCUUAUCAGGUGGGAGAGGGGUGUGCGGGUGUUAUCAGAUAUCACAACUGGUCACUGCUCACUGGAUUGAAGAAGAUAACUGAGUUGCUGCUUCUACAUCACAAAGAUAGAAAAGCUCUCUCCCUUUCUUUCCCUUCUUCUCACUAGCCCGCAUUAUCAUAGUAGAGCUCUCUUGUCUUUGCUCCACAAUGCGCGAAAACCUCUCUGUUCCAUGUCUAUCACUUCUGUGACAGUAGAUACAUCUAUAAUGUCCACAGCAAUUCGAACUCCCACAUGGGUCUCCAAACGAAGACUUCUCGAACAAAAACUCUCGGAAUGUUCAAACCCCAUUCAUUUGAAGCAAAUUCAAGCCCAGAUGUUCAAAGCCAAUCUCCAUCAAGAUCCUUUUAUGGCUCGCACGCUUAUUCAAGCCUUCUCUUCGUCUCGCCAGGUGAUGUUAGCAGUUAACGUUUUCAACCAAAUUCAGCAACCCAAUACUCUUCUCUAUAACACACUCAUCAGAGCCUGCACCCAGAAUUUCCAAUCCUUUCUUGCCUUUUCCAUCUUCUUUGAUAUGCAAAAGAAUGGUGUAUUCCCUGACAACUUCACCUAUUCGUUUCUUCUCAAGGCUUGUUCAGGCCAAUUUGCAUUGCGCCAGGUUCAAAUGAUCCACUCCCACAUUGAAAAAUUUGGUUUUUAUUCCGACAUUUUUGUGCCCAAUUCACUUAUCGAUACCUACUCCAAGUGUGGCGCCUGUGGUGUCGAUGCUGCAAGGAAGGUGUUUGCAGCAAUGACAGACCGCGAUGUUGUUUCCUGGAAUUCCAUGAUUUCGGGGUUGGUUAAGGGUGGACAGUUGGAAGAAGCUCGCCGACUUUUUGACAAAAUGCCUGAGAAAGAUGCAGUGAGUUGGAAUGCUAUUUUGGAUGGAUAUGUGAAGGCUGGAGAAAUGGAUACAGCUUUUGAGUUUUUCGGAACUAUGCCAGAAAGAAAUGUUGUGUCUUGGUCAACAAUGAUAACGGGUUAUAGCAAAGCAGGAGACAUGGAUAUGGCUAAGAUGAUGUUUGAUAGGAUGCCUGUGAAGAAUUUGGUUUCCUGGACCAUAAUGAUAUCAGGUUAUGCUGAGAAAGGACUUGCCAAGAAGGCAUUUAACUUGUAUGAUCAAAUGGAGAUGUCUGGAUUGAAGCUUGAUGACGGAACCUUUAUUAGUAUUUUGGCUGCUUGUGCUGAAUCCGGUUUGCUUGGUCUUGGUAAAAGGGUUCAUAUCUCAAUUGAGAGGAGUAGAUUGAGAUAUAGCAUAAAAGUAUGCAAUGCCUUGGUUGAUAUGUAUGCAAAAUGUGGGAGCUUAAGCAACGCACUUAGUGUUUUCAAUGGAAUGCUUGAGAGGGAUGUGGUGUCUUGGAAUGCCAUUAUCCAAGGACUAGCCAGGCAUGGGCAUGGUGAAAGUGCCCUUGAGCUUUUCUCCAGGAUGAAACAAGAGGGUGUAAAACCUGAUGGAUUCACUUUUAUUGGUGUCUUGUGUGCCUGCACCCAUGCAGGUCUUGUCAAGGAGGGUAAACAUUACUUCUCUAUAAUGGAAAUAGGCUAUGGGAUUGUUCCCCAGGUUGAGCACUAUGGUUGCAUGAUUGACCUUCUUGGACGAGGGGGGCAUUUGAAGGAAGCAUUUGAGCUUGUGAAGAACAUGCCUAUGGAGCCAAAUGCUGUCAUUUGGGGAACCCUCUUGGGAGCAUGCAGGAUGCAUAAUGAUGUUGAUAUUGCAGAGGAGGUUGUACACAUGCAAAAACUGGAAUCCUCGGAUGCUGGUAGUUAUGCUAUCUUGUCCAAUAUAUAUGCUGCAGCUGGCCACUGGGAUGAUGUUGCUAAGGUGAGGUUGCAGAUGAAAAAUACAGGCACCCGGAAGCCAUCUGGGACUAGUUCUAUUGAAGUGGAUGAUGAGUUUCAUGACUUCACUGUACAUGGUAGAUCCCACCCACAAUCGAGCAGGAUAUAUAAUAUGAUUGAUACAUUAGGUUAUCAUCUUAAGCAAGUUGGUUACGUGCCAAAGGCAGAUUAUUAAAAUAAUGGAUAACUGGGUUUGGUUGCUAACCUGGAUAUAGCCAGCUUAACUGUUCUUGAUGGCGAUGUUGCUAAGCAUGGUUUUUAUGCCAAAAAGAAUUUCAGUUGCAAACGCUAUGUUUGUCAGGUCAUGUGAAGUAGCAUUUCAGGAAGCAUCCGCUCAUAAUACUUCUGGUACUGCUGCUUGGACUGACCAUGCUGAACAAAAGAGAGUUCGAUUGGUCUUACUGGGGCUAAUAGUUCUUUGUUUAUGUAUGUACAUUCAACCAAAGCAUCAGGAGUUUUUAUUUUUAAUCAUGUGAUUAAACGAUUAGGUGUAUCCAUUUAGCAAAAGGCCUAUCAAGUGCAUCAGUGCAUGUACACAUAAUGGAGAAAGCAGAUUGCAUAUUGUGUAACCAUUGUCAUUGUUAAAACCAUGGUAAUCAGUGGGAGAAUUCCUUUGUACUUGUACGUUCCUGCUUCUGUAUAUUCAGUUCUCUGUUAGUUUUUGACAUAUUGUUUGCUGAAUUUAAGGAUGACCAUAAAUAAAGAUAUAAAUUUCCUGGGUAUUGAGUGUAGA